GUCUAAUUAAGAAAUUCUCAAUCCCUCUGUUUUCUUUACUUUUUCUUCUCUACAGUUUCUCUCUGCUUUCUAUUUCGGCUAUGAGGAUGAAGCUUGUGUGACAGUGUUGGAUUCCUUCAAUUUUUUCUCUAACCCACUGCUAGAGGAACAGUGAGGAGGAAAUUUUCAGAGAGAAAAUAAAAGGGAUAAAAGCAGCUCAAAAAGUGAAAACACAAACACAGACAGAGAGAGAUAUACGCCGGAGAUGCUCUUGCAGCGUCUGAAACACGGCGAAGUAUCUUCAAGCGGGACGAAACUGAAUAACCCAGGUGAAGAAAUGCAGUGCUGAACGUUGGUGAGAGUGAGGGGGAGGAGAAAAAUGCGAGAGGGACUGUUAUGUGAUGAGACUAAUGAUGUUAUCUCCGGCAUUAACAAGAAGAAGAAAUCGGAGGACGAGAAGGACGACAACGACGCUGGGAAGUUGACUCGGCAUCCUCAGGUGAUUGUUGCUCCGCCUGUUGUAAUCGUCGGUCGGAAUCGGUCCCAAGCUGGGAACAGAAGGGUUACUCCGACGACCAUUAUAACCACGCAAUCUACAGAGACGACAGCUAUCACUGACGCAGUUGGAGCUCCGGCGGCUGCUUCGACUACUGGGUCGGCGACCGCCGUGGAGAAGCAUCUACCCAACGGAGAUCUUUACACGGGGAGUUUCUCUGGGGGAGUACCUCACGGAUUGGGGAAGUAUUUGUGGACCGACGGGUGUAUGUACGAGGGUGAGUGGAGGAGAGGAAAAGCCUCGGGGAAAGGGAAAUUCUCUUGGCCUUCUGGAGCUACCUACGAAGGCGAAUUCAAAUCGGGUCGGAUGGAGGGAGUGGGUACUUUUAUUGGAUCUGACGGAGAUUCGUAUCGUGGAUCGUGGAGUUCAGAUCGGAAACAUGGACUCGGGCAGAAACGGUAUGCGAACGGCGAUUUCUACGAAGGGACUUGGAAGAGGAAUCUCCAGGACGGGCAUGGUCGGUACGUUUGGAAGAACGGGAACGAGUACGUCGGCGAGUGGAAGAACGGUGUGAUUUCUGGUCGGGGUGUCUUAAUUUGGGCCAAUGGGAACCGCUACGAUGGGCAAUGGGAAAACGGGGUUUCUAAAGGGAACGGGACUUUCACUUGUGCCGACAGUAGCUGGAAUAAGAACAUGAAAAUCCAUCAUCUGAAUGGGACUUUCUAUACGAGAAACGGAAGUGAUCAUAGCUUUAAAAGUAAUGGGCUACUCGAGAAUGAGAACUUAACCAUCACAUUACGGAAGAGAUCAUCGGUGGAUAUUGCAAGAGGGAGCGUAACAGAGAGGAACUUCCCGAGGAUAUGCAUUUGGGAAUCCGAUGGUGAAGCUGGAGAUAUCACCUGUGAUAUAAUCGAUAAUGUAGAGGCUUCGAUGUUGUAUAAAGAUGGGUUAGGCUUAGAUCGAGACCUUUUUAGGCAGUUUAGGAAGAACCCGUGCUGCUUCACCGGCGAGGCGAAGAAACCGGGCCAGACAAUUUCUAAAGGGCACAAGAAUUACGAAUUGAUGCUCAAUCUCCAGUUGGGUAUCAGACAUUCCGUUGGAAAGCAUUCAUCAGUGGUCCGGGGGCUUAAGUCCAGUGAUUUUGAUCCAAGGGAGAAAUUCUGGACAAGGUUCCCAACUGAAGGGUCGAAGACUACGCCGCCUCACACAUCCGUUGAAUUUCGUUGGAAGGAUUAUUGUCCUGUGGUGUUCAGAUGCUUGCGGGAGCUGUUCCAAGUUGAUCCUGCUGACUAUAUGCUAGCAAUUUGUGGGAAUGAUGCCCUUAGGGAGUUUUCUUCGCCAGGCAAGAGUGGCAGCUUCUUUUACCUCACCCAGGACGAUAGAUUCAUGAUAAAAACAGUGAAGAAGUCUGAAGCAAAGGUGCUUAUCAGGAUGCUUGCAAGCUAUUAUCAGCAUGUUUCCCGCUAUGAAGAUUCACUAGUGACGAAAUUUUUUGGUGUGCAUUGUAUCAAGCCAAUUGGUGGGCAAAAGACUCGGUUCAUUGUGAUGGGCAACUUAUUCUGCUCUGAAUACCGAAUCCAUAGGCGAUUUGACUUGAAAGGAUCCUCCCAUGGCCGGACAACGGAUACUCCUGAGGGGGAGAUUGAUGAAACCACAACUUUGAAGGAUCUAGAUCUCAAUUAUGUGUUUCGCCUUCAACGCAACUGGUUUAGUGACUUCAUGAAACAAAUAGAUCGAGACUGCAAAUUCUUGGAAUCUGAAGGAAUCAUGGAUUACAGUCUUUUGGUUGGUCUUCAUUUCCGCGACGACAACACAUAUAAUAAAAUGGGUUUAUCUCCAUUUCUAUUGCGAACUGGUAAUAAAGAUUCAUACCGGAAUGAGAAGUUUAUGCGUGGCCGUCGUUUCCUUGAAGCAGAGUUACAAGACAUGGAUCGAGUGUUAUCUGGCCGAAAGUCGUUGAUCAGAUUAGGAGCUAAUAUGCCUGCAAGAGCAGAGCGAUUAACUAGGCGAAGCGACUUUGAUCAGUACACCCCAGGUGGAAUGAAUCAUUUAACCCCUUCUCGCAGUGGUGAGAUCUAUGAAGUAGUCCUCUACUUUGGGAUAAUUGACAUCCUACAAGAUUAUGACAUAAGCAAGAAAUUGGAACACGCAUACAAGUCCUUACAAGUUGACCCCAGUUCAAUCUCAGCUGUUGAUCCUAAACUCUACUCCAAGCGAUUCAGAGAUUUUAUUGGGAGAAUAUUUAUUGAAGACAGGUAGUGCAUUGAAAGAGGGUUAGUUCAAUAUGAAGAUUAAUGCUUGUCUGGUUGGAUUGAGAUGUGAAAUAUCAAUGAACUUAGGACCAGACCCCUUCAAGCAACAGCUCAGAUAAUACUAGGAAGGAGGCUGCUGCACGGAUGGGUGUAGCAAAUGCUUUGAUGUGGUCCAAAACAUCCAUAUCAUCGUCGAAGGGUGGUUCGGGGCAGUUGUGUGGCCUCUUGAAGAUGUGUUGAAUUUGGUGGAGGGAGAAGAGGGGAAUGGUUGGGAGAUAUUUGUUUGUACAUUGUUGCAUUGCUGCUGCAGGGUGGAGAAUUUGGUUUCUAGUUUUCUUGUUUAGAUUUUGAAGAUGCUCUUUAGAAUAUUUAAAGAUUUUUGGGUGUGAGAGACUUUUGUGAGAGUAGUAGUAGUAGUAGUAUAGUUAUAGUAUAGGGAAGAGGGGAAUGGAAAUGGAGGAGGAAGAGGAAGGAAGAAAAGGUGGAAAGAUUGUUAAGGAAUAAAAGAAAGUGUACAGAGAGUUGUUAUAUUAUAGUGGGAAAGAAAUGGAUAAGAGUUUGAAUGGGAUUCUUUUGUUGUUGAGAUUGAGAAAUGAUAUGAUGAUAUUUGAAACCAUAAAAUUUGUGUGAGAAUUGAGAGAACACAAAGGAAGGGGAGGACCCAUAUCACAUAUAAGAAUUGGGAUGGAUGUAUUCUCUCUUUUUCUUUCAAUCUUUUGUCUCAUCUCUACACUUUUAUGUGUUGAAACAGAAUACUCUUGAGAGAUAGCCCUCCUCUUUCAAACACAAACAGAGUCAAUGGACUGAAAAAUCCCUUCCCCUUCUCUUUCAAAACGCUCUUUUUCCAUGUGGCAAUUGCUUUUUUCAGGUUUAGUGUGGCCACCCCCAAUAAAAACACCAUAGAAAGCAGAGAAAGCCACAGAGAAAAAGAUGUGCUGGCUACCCAUUUGCCAUUUUCUUCUUCUUCCCCCACUUGAGUUUUCUUCUUUCUUUCUCACUCUUCUUGUACUACUGUAUGACUGUAAAUUUUUAAUCAAAUUCUUUAUUUUUAUUUAUU